ACUUGCCGUAAACUUCUAGUUACGAGAUGCCGGCAACCUGUUUUUUUUUUUUAAUUUCCUCUUAAAAAUCAUAUUUGAUUUUCCUUGUGCAAUUUUUUUUUUACAUGCAGAAUGAGAUGUAGAAGCAGAGAAAGUUCUGCUAGUUUCAAUCAUUUAUAGAUGAAUAUAUAGAAUUCUUUAUAACUUAUUUUCAAAUGAAGGCGGAAAAUUUUCCUACAUCUAAUUUGCCUCCAGAAGAGUCUCAAACCUGUAAUUGUAAUCGCAGCUGUUGGAUUGGUGUUUUUGCAAUUUUUUUACUGCUUAUUGGUAUUACAGGGUUAACAAUCACAUGCUUUGUACUUGAGCAAAAGGUUCUUCAGAGUAGCUAUCAUUAUGGAGUUGUAUUUGAUGCUGGAUCAACUCAUACAGGUAUUACUAUAUACAGGUGGCCGGUUGGUUAUAAGAAUCAUGGUACAGCUCAAAUUGAUCAACUAGCUUCUGAAACAUGUUCUGAUGCUGGGAUAACAAGUUAUGAACAUGAGCCAGAAAUAGCUGGAGAAAUGAUAAAAAAGUGUAUUGAUAAUGUAGUAUUGAGGCUACUAUCACAGCAUGCAAUAAAGAAAACUGCCAUAUAUUUUGGUGCAACUGCUGGAAUGAGACUACUUUGUGAAAGGGACCAGGAAGCAUGUUACUUAAUUGAAGAGUCAAUAAGAAGAAGCUUAAAUAAAUAUAAAUUUAGAGAAACCAAGAACAGAGUUAAAAUACUUACUGGGAAAGAAGAAAGUGCGUUUGGUUGGAUUUCUGCAAAUAUAGUUAAUGGUGCAUUACUUAAAGAAAUGCCUCCAAAAAGCAAUCCGUACUUGGUUGGCUCAUUAGAUAUGGGAGGAGGGUCUGCUGAAAUAGCAUUUAUUCCUGAAAAUAUUACCAUUCCAGAAAAAUACUCUUCAAAAUUGUCUCUAUAUGGUCUUGACUAUACAUUAUACACACACAGCUAUCUUUGCUUUGGGUUUAAAGAAGCUCAAAGAAGACUCAUGGCAAAUUUGUUAGAGGCAAGUAAUUUUUCAAGAAAAGUUAUUUAUCCUUGUUGGCAAAAAGGAUACAAUGAAACAAUUUCAGCUGCAUCAAUUUGGUUAUCACCUUGUAGUGUGCGUCCAAAGAGUAUGAUAUUUCCUUUAAGUAAUACUACAGCAUAUAACUUUGUUGGAAAUGGAUCUUCUUCCGCAUGUCUUAAUAGAAUAAAAGAAUUGUUUUAUAAUACUACUUGUCAAUUUGGAACAUGUUCAUUUGAUGGUGUAUUUCAGCCUCCUUUACGAGGUCAUUUUAUGGCAUUUUCUGGAUAUGGUCAUGUUGGCACUUUUUUUAAUAUUACAAAAGGUGAUGCAAUCAAUGAAAUAAAAACAAAAGGAGAAGAUUUCUGUAAAAAAGAUUGGAGCCAAGUUUCAAGAGAUUAUCCGAAUAUUAUCACAAAGUUCUUAAAAAAUUACUGUUUCGAAUCUUUAUACUCCUACGGUUUCCUUACUAGCGGUUUACAUUUUAAGCCUGAAUCUAACGAUGUUCAUAUCCGCAAAGAAGAUGACGGUAUACAAAUAGGAUGGUCAUUGGGAUUCAUGGUCAACGCGACAAAUUCCGUUGCAGUUGAAGAACCUUCAUACCGGUUAUCGAGGCAAGAGUAUAUUGCUCUCUUGACUUUUUGUUGUUUAGUUAUUAUGUUAGGAUUGGCAAUGUUGAUUGGAUGCUUUAUCAAACGUAGAGUCGAAAACAAAGCUUAUAAAUACUCCCGCAUAGAAAAAUAAGUUUGCUUUUGCGAAAAAUAGGCUUGAUAAGUCGACAUUUUUGUCUGAAUUAAUCGGAACGAUAAAAUAUAAAAUUUUAAUUUAUUCAAUUAUUGUAUCAACAAUUUCCUAUUUAUUUUUACAUAUUUUAAUAAA